AGUAACACUGUAGUUGCGUAGUAUAGGUUUUUAUAGUACUAUUAUAAUAUAGUAAACUCGUACUUCGUAGAGCGGUACAGCAGUCGUAUAAUAAUCCACGAGCAAUUCCCCUCCUUUUUCUGCCACCACCAUUAAUUUUAGCCGUCGAGUCGUUCAAAUUAUGCAGCAGCAGCUGAUCGACGCCAAAGCGCGUGUUGUUGGUAGUCGGAUAUUGAAUAACUAUUAUUGGUUUAUUUUCUUUUCUUUUUCGAUCAAUGCUAAUUAUUGAUCACAUUAGCCACAAACAGUUAAAAUAGCGCUCUCGUUUUUCAAUUUUUUUUUUUUUUUAAUUUUAUUUGGCACGUCCAAUUUUUUUCCCGGUCCGCCAUUCGUGUUCCCUGUACGCGCGUGCUCGCGACCCCCCGCCGUCGCACAACAAUAAUGAUAAUAAUAAUAUGCCUCUGUUAAACUCUGAGACGUACACUGUGGUCAGUGUGGUCAGUGGCAUGUCGCUGUGAGCAGAGUUGUCAAUGGAAUAGUAAUUGUGCAAUACGUUUCGUUUCAUAUUAUUAUAUUACUAUUUUUUUCGAGUUUCGUUAACGAUCGGCGAUUGACGUUUUGAUUUCUUCGUCUCAUCAUCAAAAAUCGAUUUGCCGACAGUGUUGUGAUCGCUUCCUCCCCCCUCUCCGUUGCGACUGUACCUAUCCAUUCUUGUACACCCGUGGCUGUUAAUCGCGGUGACCAACGUCAAACGUAGCAGCAGUGAUAUUUGCGCGGAUUACCAGGCGAAAUAUGAAAAGUGAAAAUGUGGUGUUUAGUGAGCCAGCCAAACGCAGUCGUCAUAGAAGUCAGGCUAGACCAUAAAGCAAAAGGUCUGGAAUGCCUGGAGAAGGUAUGUGAAUGUUUGGGCAUCAACAAAGAAUGUGAUUACUUUGGAUUACAGUACAAAACUGUCAAAGGGCAAGAUGUUUGGUUGAAUCUAAGAAAUUUAAUUGAACAUCAAGUGGCUGGAGUUCAUCCGUAUCGUUUUGCACUUAGAGUUAAAUUUUGGGUUCCACCGCAUUUAUUAUUACAAGAAUCUACCCGUCAUCAGUUUUAUUUGCAUGCCAAGUUAGAGCUUUGUGAAGGACGUUUAAGACCAACAGAUAGCCAAGCAAUAUGUAAAACUAUUGCAUUAUUGGCACAGGCAGAAUUCGGUGAUUGCGAUGAUUCGGUUGCUCUUGUACAGUUUUUCGCCUAUUGGUGUGAACAUUUGGGUGUAUCUAAAGAUGAUGAUGAGUUCAUAGUUGAUCAAAUUCAAAGUCUUCAGAUUGAAAUGAAAGGUAUGAAACAAACAACUGCUGAAUAUUGGUUAAUCAAAGAAGUUUCUGGUCUACAAAACUUUGGUGAAGAGGUAUUUGAAGGUAGAACAACUAAUGGUUCUUCAGUAUUGGUGGGAGUUGGACCUCAUGGUAUUAGUCUAGAACACCCAGAUCAACCUGAUCAUGAAAAACAAAUGAUUCCUUAUACUGCGAUCCGUAGUGCUGCUAGCCAUCGCCGUGUAUUUGAGAUGUGGUACUUGGCAGGUGUUGAACAUUCUGAAACACUAAUUGUAUUGAAAUUAGAAUCUAGUCUGGGUGCAAAUACUCUUUAUAGAGCACUGACAGAGAAGCAUGCAUUCUAUAGUUGUGAAACUGUCAGAGGUGCCGUUACAUCACAAUAUAUUAGAGAUCUCAAGGGUACUAUUAUAUCUAUAUUUAAUGAAGAUUCACCAUUAGGGAAGAAAUAUGUGUUCGACAUACAGAGGACUUGUCGUGAAGUGCAUGAUAAUGCGCGUCGUGCUCUUUAUGAAAAGCAAAACAAAGUCACACCAUCCAGCUCUACAGUAGUGUUGAGUUCACCUGAACCUGAGCCUGCUACUUCACAAGAUAGUUACAAACUGGCCAAACUCAUUGAUGCUCUUACAUGUAGAAUUUGUAUGGAUGCCACCAUUGAUCAUGUGUUUUUUCCAUGUGGUCAUGUUAUUGCUUGUGGAACAUGUGUUAAACGUUGUGAAACUUGUCCACUGUGUCGAGGUGCCAUUGAUGAAUCCAGGCGUGUAUUUAUUCCGACUUUAGCUGAUUUGCCUGGUCUUCUUCAUCAAUGAUGCAAUCGAGUAAAGUAUGUCCUGGUUUUGAUAACUCAUGUUGGACGUACUGUCAUUAAGAUUGACCUCAGAGCAUGAAUGUCUGUGAUAAUGCUAUUAUAUUAAAACUUCCUAUACUUUCAUAGUUAUUUAUUUUUGUUAAAUUUAAUCUUUUUUAUAAUA